GAUCAUAGAGAACUUCAUUCCUCCUGAGGAGAAGAAUAAGAUCAUGAACAGACUGACCCUUGACCCUGAGGAGGACCAGUGGAAGUUCCAACUCCUCACCUCCUCCGAGAGUCAGAUGAAGAAGAGACUAGCCUCGGCAGUCGGAUACAAACGACCAAUCAGCCAGUACGCACGGGUUGCCUUAGUGAUGGGCGCCCACUCCAGAUACCGGGCUGAGAACAUCCUGUUCUUGGAGCUGGACAUGAGUCCUCCCACCACAGUCUCAUUGGACCACUGGCCCUCAGAGGUGCGGCCUAACUGUAGCCCCUCUCCCACAGACAACGCCCCCAACAGGGAGAGAGCCACACGCGUCCGCAAGUCACGCUCCUGGUGUCAGGCCCCACGAGCCAUCACUUCCUCCUCCUCCAUGGUUUCCCUGGCAACCCAUUCUACUGCCACGCCCAGUACUGCCCAGUGAAUACCGACAUCUCCCUACCUACCUCUACUCUCUCUGGUGUACUAUUUACAGCAGCCUGCUAACUCCUCCCCUUUCCUCUCUUGACCAAUCAGCUCUCAGGAGUGGGAAACCACUCAACAGUCUUUGCCUAUCCUGCCUCAUGAUUGGUUGAUCACUGCCAUGGGAGGAGCCAAAACUGCCAAGGGAGGAGCCAAGUCAAAACAGAUCUACUGCCUCAAGGACUCCACUACCCAGACUACCCUGGGGGAAUGAAGGAGAAACCAUCCAUCAUUCUCUCUCUCCUCAUUCCUGCAGGAGCUCUGCCUGUCUGUCUGUCUGUCUGUGCGUUUUGGCAGCCCAGGGGAGUCAGAAGUGAAACUCACAAUAAAUGAAGACAGCAGGAGACUGAUAUGUGGUGCUCAAAACAAGGUAGUUAUUUAAGAGGUUAGGGGAAAAGGUUCAAGUGAAAGGCCUCUCAGGUAACUGGUGGGUCACUCUGUGUCCGGCGUGGCGGCUCCUCCGACAGCCUGUG